AUGACUAGUGAUGCAAACACAGCACAGUGGAAAAAUUAUGCCACACAACCACGUGAACCUUAUUCUUUUGAAUUACUGUUAGAAGAUCUGAUGAAUGACAAAAAUUACAUCUUUAGAAAAAGAGUUAUUAGAAAAAAGCCUUGGCAGCAUCAGGGGGAAGUGACAGCACGGAAGAGACCAGAGAAUAGCCUUUUGGAGGAGACCCUGCACUCUGACCAUGCUGUCCGGAUGGCAUUAAGGCCACACCCCUAUUCUACAUUCUACUGCAGCCCUGGUUACGCCUCCUCUGGCUCAGUCACACAGCUACAUGUAGGUGACUGGAGGUGUAUAGUUGUCCUCGCCUGGAUUGUGCUGAUGUGGCCCCAACCCUAUCUUCCUACCUGUCCGGUGAUGUCCAAAGAAAUCCGAAAGGGCAAAUUGGCUGAGGCCAAGGAAAAGUUGAGAGACUAUCAUCCCCAGACCAACCCUAGUGUUGGUAAAGGAGCAACCAACACCAAAAAAAAAAAGAAAAUAAAUAAUGGCACUAACCCUGAGACAACUACUUCUGGCGGUUGCCACUCACCUGAGGAUGAAAAGAAGGCAAGCCACCAACAUCAGGAAGCCCUAAGGAGGGAGCUAGAGGCCCAGGUUCAUACCAUACGAAUCCUUACAUGUCAGAAAAGUGAGCUUCAGACGGCACUCUGUUACAGCCAGCAUGCUGCCCAGCAGUUGGAAGGAGAGUCCAGGGAUCUGGUCAGCCACCUGCAUGAUUCAUGGAAGUUUGCAGGAGAGUUAGAGCGGGCUCUCUCUGCUGUCAUUACACAGAAGAAGAAGGCGGACAGGUACAUUGAGGAGUUAACAAAGGAGAGGGACGCUCUGAGUUUGGAGCUGUACAGAAACACCAUAACCGAUGAGGAGCUGAAGGAGAAAAAUGCCGAACUGCAAGAAAAACUUCGACUUGUAGAAUCUGAAAAGUCUGAGAUCCAGCUUAACGUAAAGGAGCUAAAAAGGAAACUGGAGAGGGCCAAGCUCCUACUGCCACAGCAGCAGCUGCAGGCGGAUGCUGACUACCUGGGUAAGGAGCUGGAGAGUGUGGCAGCAAAGCUCCAAGCCCGGGUGGAAGAGAACGAGUUGUGGAACCACAUGAACCAGCAACAGGAGGAGAAGUUGUGGAGGCAGGAGAAGCUGCAGGAGCAGGAGGAGAAGCUGCGGGAGCAGGAGGAGAAGAUACGGGAGCAGGAGGAGAAGAUACGGGAGCAGGAGGAGAAGAUGCAUGAGCAGGAGGAGAAAAUACGGGAGCAGGAGGAGAAGAUGUGGAGGCAGGAAGAGAAGAUGCAUGAGCAGGAGGAGAAGAUAUGGGAGCAGCAGAAGAUGUGGAGGCAGGAGGAGAAGCUGUGGGAGCAGGAGGAGAUGAUGCAGGAGCAGGAGAAGAAGGAGCAGGAGGAGAAGAUGUGGAGGCAGGAGGAGAACCUGUGGGAGCAGGAGGAGAAGAUGCGGGAGCAGGAGGAGAAGAUGUGGAGGCAGGAGGAGAACCUGUGGGAGCAGGAGGAGAAGAUGUGGGAGCAGGAGGAGACAAUGUGGAGGCAGGAGGAGAAGCAGUGGGAGCAGGAGGAGAAGAUGCGGGAGCAGGAGGAGGAGAUGUGGGAGCAGGAGAAGAUUCGGGAACAGGAGGAAAAGAUGCAGAGGCAGGAGGAGAAGAUGUGGGAGCAGGAAGUGAGGCUGCAGGAGCAGGAGGAGAAGAUGCAGGAGCAGGAGGUGAAGCUGCAGGAGCUGGACGAGAGGCUGGGGGAGCUAGGGCGGAAGGCUGAGCUCUGGGGGGAGCAGGUAGAGCUGAAGAGCCAAGAGGCUCAGAGUCUGCAGCAGCAGCGAGACCAUUACCUGGGUCACCUGCAGCAGUACGUGGCUGCCUAUCAGCAGCUGGCCUCUAAGAAGGAGGCACCCCAGCAGCAGCAGCAGGAAGCUCAGGGCAAAGUGGUGGCCGAGAUGGCCCACCAAUAGUUGUAGGAGACCCAGUUGAGGGAGUUGAUGAGGGAACACCUGGAAGCUGCCAUCCAGCAGAACCAGCAGCUGCAGGCCCAGUUGAGCCUCAUGGCUUUCGCUGGGGAAGGAGAUGGACUGGACAGGGAGGAGGUGGAGGAGGAGGCACCUGGGCCCAUGCCAAGCAUCCCAGAGGAACUGGAGAGCCAGGAGGCCAUGGUGAGCCUGACUCUUCCUGCCCCUCCUUUGCUGCCUGCCUUGGUGGUCCCUCCUAGACCCCCUUAUGCUCUUGGUUUCCCACCUUCUGAUUUCUCUGGACCCUCUAAGACAUGCAACACCUCUGCAGGGGUGGGGGUGGAGGUGGGUGCGGGCAUGGGCGUGGCAACAGACCACCUUUCCCUCCAGGUGGAGCUGGUGUUUCCGCUUGUGAGUGACCGUAACCAGGGGCAUGGCGGAUUGCAGGCAGCUGCCCAGAACCCUGCUGAUGAGUCCGCACCAGGGACCCCAAUCCCUCAGGAGCUUGGAGCUGCCGACAAGCAGGGUGGUGAGUAG